AUGGCUGUUUAUCUCACUAAGCUGCAACUGCUGGCUACACUGCUAUUGAUAUUCAUCAGUUGUGGUCAUGGAGAUCCCUUUGUUCCUUCUGGAUCAACUGUCAAAGCCAGGACUGGACAUGCCAAGUACCAUGGGCAGAGAAUUCUGUACUACAGUAAUUCCCACUGUACCUUCCAACUUCAAAUCAUCAGGUCAGGAGACAUUCAACCAAAUCCAGGUCCUUCAACAUCUUACCAGCCCCAUGACCAUCACAAUUCUACCAGUUUAAAUUGUGUCCUGCUAAAUGCCCGCAGUGUGGUCAACAAAACCCUCAAUCUUCAGGCAGAACUGGCCCUCAACCGCAUCGACAUCGCUUGCAUAACUGAAACCUGGUUAUGCCCUGACAUCAUGGACUCCGAAAUUUUGGACACCUCACAGUACCAAUUAUUCAGGCGCGACAGAAAUCGCAAUGGGGGUGGUGUGCUCUUUGCAUGCAACUCAAAUCUAAUGCCAUCACGACGAGAUGAAUUUGAGCCCUCUUCCGACAUCCAAGCCAACUUCAAAGAAUGUGAACUCAUCUGGGUCCAAGUAAUUCUUCCACACAACAAGGGCAAACUACUCAUCGGGACUUGCUAUCGACCUCCAUCCUCAACAACAGGAUUUGAUGAAGCACUUUCCUUCUCGAUCAACCGCAUCCUUCCCUGCUCACACCAAUUUCAAGCAAUCCUCCUUCUUGGUGACUUUAAUUUACAAAUACCCUGCUCGGCAUCCUCUGAUGAACACAACCCCCCAUCUCUCAACACUCGCUCCGCUGCUGUUCUUAACAUCAUUGAAUCCCUGAACAUGUCUCAACUGGUCUCCUUCCCUACAAGACGAAAUCCACAUGGUGACGAUACCAUGUUGGACCUCGUUUUCUGUAAUGACCCAAGCUGGACUCAGAAUAUCCACAAAGAACCUGGUCUGGGCAACAGUGACCAUGACUCUGUUCACUUCCAGAUUUCCACAACAUCCAAAUACCAGUUUCUCCGCCGUACCUUCCACCAAUUCCACAAGGUCGACAAACAUGAUUUUCAGAUGACCCUACAAUGUAUUCCGUGGCAGCUGUUCUUUGAAGAUGACGUAGACGAGACAUGGGACAAUUUCACAUCACUUGUCCAUGCGGCAGUGAAGGAUGUCGUUCCCAUCGCCACCUCCAAAGGACACCGCCGGUCCCCAUGGAUUACAAGUGACAUAGUCAAAGCGGCGAGAAGAAAGAACCGAGCAUACAGACGUGCUGUGAAGAACAAGAACAAUGCCAACUUAUGGGACAAAUACAAAGAAUUACGAUCACUGGUCAACACUAGGAAAACCCACACCCUCCUCUUCAAACAUCAGUACAGCCGGACAAACUGCGUCAAAUUUUCUUUGUUCACCCUCUUUCCCAGGUUUUUUAAUUCACUUUCCACCGAUGUCCGAGACCUUUGCCUAGAACGUUCCUCCAAACCUCUCAUCAAUUCUUUACGUGAUCAUCUGUUCAGUCUAGACCCCAUCUCUCAUGCAUUCUAG